AUGUCAAAAUCUGGGGCGCCGUCUACUUCUGUCUCUGCCUCCAUUUCAGCCUCAAGUCAUGAUCCUCAUUCAUUACCACCCAAUGUCAAGGGUCUGGUUCAGCGAUUCCUUGCUGUCAGUAUCCCUACUAUCACUCUAACCCCCGAAUUAAUUGAUGUUCUCGAUAAAGCUGAAGUCAUUAUACCACAAAGGCUGCAAGUAACUAUGCGAUGGUGGAAAGAGGACAGUGCCUUUUCACUUUCAGUCUAUCCUAAACUGAACAGUCCCUUUCCUGAGCUAAUUGCUCGUCGACAAACGCUUCUGAGACAGCGUCAACAAAAACAGAUUGCUGAAAUUGAACGUCAACGAGGGCAACCACAACCACAACCACAACCACCACAACAACAUCAGCAACCACAAUACCAACAGCAACAACAACAGCAGCAGCAACCACAACAACAACAGCAACAGCAACAAGGGCAGUCCGGUAUUGUUAACAUCUCCAUCGAUCCAAAGCGAGUCGUUACACAGACACAACCCAUACAACCUCCAAUAGAAUCCACCCCGGCGUUAGCGCAAGCUCACAUGCGUCCACCAACACCAUCAUUUUUACGACGUGGAGCUCGCCUGUUGAAAAUCUUCAAACGAAGUAAAUCAAGAUCUACGGAUCAAGGUGCUUCGGACCCAGCUUCAACGACAAAAAGCGGGGACACAGGCGGAGAAGGAGAAACCGCUGCUUUUGAAACUACGGAGAGGCACGAUCCUCCUGUGCACGAACGCAAGGAUACUAUUACCUCUCGUACUCCUGUUAAUUCGGUAGAGCCAGAGACAGCGGCCAAACCUUUGCCCUCUUUACCUGACGCUGCUUACCCUAUCACUGUAGCUUAUCCAAUUCGUUGCUCCUUAGAGCAAUUACGCAGCUACUUUGUAGAUAUGACUUCACUCACUCUUGAGAUUCAGAUCACGCCAGAGUUGUCUGUGCUCGCCACGGUGUCCAACUUGGUUGAUCUCUUCCGUAAUAUCAACGGUACCUUCUCAGGUGUCUUCCCCUUUUCAACCGUCCUACAAAACGAUAACCCUCAGUUCAAACAGGAAAGGCUAUUUCAAAGACGCGUGGUGCUCGGAAUGGUAGUCUUUCAAGCAUGGUUUCAAGAUACUUCUGAUGUCGCUGAUGACUCUGAGGACUCAGACUCCAUUUCAACGAACUCUAUGCUUGCGAUACUGGCCGAAAAUGCACCCGGCGCUAUUGCACACCACCCCCAACCACCUUACUAUAACCGUCAGCCCAGUCAUUAUAACCAUUAUAACCAUCAUAACCCUCAUCUGCGUCCAAACUUUCCAGUAGACCCACGCCCCAUGCCUCAACAAUACCCCCAGCCAUCUCAUGGUCCAUACCCAUUCACAGGUGCUGUCCAUCCUCCUAUUGGACCUCAAACCCAUAAUCAUGCCCCAUCCCAUUCACGAAUUCCACAGCCAUACAUGCCACAACACUACAAUGUUGCCCCACCUCAGCCAUCUUCAGAUCGACGAUAUUUCGACUAUAAACAUCCUGCAGAGCACCAUGGGCGUGAGCCCCGAAUUUCUAUGCGAUAUGGUGAAGAUGACAGCCAUCACAGACAUGAAUGGCAAAGAGGUGCAAAUCCACGAAAUAAUAGACGUGGGCCUCAGGAUGAAGAAGAUUACUCAUCAGAGGAACAUCUGUCGCACACAGGUAGAUACUAUGCAAGUUUAGCGACAAGCGCAGCGAAUGCUGAUGCAGCGGCAAGGACACAGACACACGCACACCCAAGUGCUAUGAUGUACAACGCCAAUCCUAGGGUUCAUGUGUCUCAGCAUGGAUUGCAAAGGGAGCCUCAGUCAUUCAACCAUACACGACAAGUUCGCCCACAGGCUUCUCGCGAAACUAAUAUCACGAACACUCAUAGCCAAAGUACUCGCUCUCGACCACGAGCUGGCGCAACAGCAGCAGCUAUCGGCCGCCUCGAGUCUGUACUUGCUCGAGGAGAACAUCUACUUCAGGGUAUGAGAACCAGCUUAGCCCUAGAUCCUGAGGAAGUACGCUCAAUGUCUGCAAGAAAUAUUCGAUCCAAUAAUGGUAGCUAUGGUGGCCAUCGGAAUGAACAAUUCAUGCCAUAUCACGAGGUUCUUCCGUAUUGGCCAUCCAAGUCUAAAUUUAGCCUAGAAAUGAGCAUUCCAACGGCCUACCUCACCUCUCGAGGGCUUUUGAAAGGAGCUAGACGCCGGAAGGACUCCACUGAUGCGGACCCUAGCAACAACACCUUCGACAGCAGUUCGACCUCACAACGCCUUCGAUCAACUCGAUCGGAACGGGGGCGAACACUCCCUCGGCAAAGCCCUCUUCCCUCAUCUAGUGCGCAUGGACGAUAUGGCGGUGAUACGCAGCAACAUCAGCGGCAUCAGCAACAACCACAGCAGCGACAGCAACAACAGCAACAACAGCAACAUCAACAACAUCAACAACAGCAACAUCAACAACAUCAACAACAUCAACAACAUCAACAACAUCAACAUCAACAGCAACAUCAGCAGCAACGACAACAGCAGCAGCAACAACAGCAACAGCAACAGCAGAGCCGUCAAGGCUAUACAAAUCAGCAAUUGAGCAAUCCUGUGCCUACCUCGACAUCUAGGCCUUUGCGACGCUCUGGGAAACCAAUACAGCCUGAUAGGCAUUCUCCUAGGUCUGAUUUAGCUAGGUUACGAAUGGUUCAAGAAGAGUCAAUGCAACCACAAUAUCAUUCUUUUGGAACUGGGCCAUCGACAUCCGAUUUAGGUGAACGAGGACAACCGCGACCUAAUCAGCCAUCUUUCGCAGACACACAUGAUUCGCCAUACUCUCAAAGACAUCCUCCUAGGUAUCAGCCAGCUGCCGACUGGCCAUCUCAGCAAUCGCCUCGUCGACCACGCAAGUCAAAAUCCUACCCACAGGACCAGUCUCGAUCGAGUCGACAUGGUCGUAGACGACUCAGUUCUAAUGAUCGACUCCAGUUAAGGAUGAACCCAAAGGCUGGCGAUAUGCUCAAUUAUAUCCCAGGCUUGUUCCCAAGUCGAAGCAUGUCUGCAUUGUUGGUACCGGAAUAUCAUUCAUCUGUGGAAGGUAGCACCAGCUUUAGCUCGGAAAAUACCAGCUCAAAUGAAACAGAGGAGGAUGAAUGGCCUCGAUCGUUUGGUUCUGGAGAUAUGGGCGGCCGGCAAUCCCGCCUCCAGAAGAGGCCCCGACGUACAUAUCGUCAUCAUCAAGGCCUGCAUAGCCCUAAACGCCAUCAGUCACAAAGGUUUCAACAACAACAGUCGAGAGAUCCAAGGCAGUCAGAGAAAAGUGGAGGCCGAAUGAAUAGAGUGCACCCACAACACUUCAAUUUUAAAGUGAAUUGUCAGCUACAACUUACACCUGAAGUCAUGGCGGCAUGUAUGGUUGAAAACAUUUCCAUUGAGGUCUGGAAACUGAAUAGUAAACGAAAGACUAUGGUCGAGCUUGGAUCUGCCAAGCUGCCGCUGCACAAAGUCCUGAGUCGCAUCAUGCAGAAGACUGCACCUACAACGCAGCCUCUUCAUCCGAGAUCUGAAGGUUUACGGCAACAGCAGCCGUUGUAUGGCGACUCACGAACAGCAGCUGGUGGAUACCACUCUAUGGCAGAGAGAGAUGGAGUGAAGGAAGGGUGGCGAUUAGAGCCUUCAGUAUAUGAUAUUCGGUCUAGACAAGGCACUAUUAUUGGUCAAUUGGAUGCUGACGUAUGGAUCAUCCCACGAUCGCGUUCAGAUUCGAUGGUCUCUGCCGCCGCAUGA